CCGUAGGCUGUCCUGUGCUCUCGUCAUGCACCGUUCGAGCUCCUCGUCGUGCUUGGUAUCUCUCACCAAGGUCCUGACCUCUUACGUUAGCCAAGGCUCGCACGACCAGGCCCUCGCUCUUUUUCGUCACAUGCACUCCUCCCUCGCCCUCUCUCUCGAUCCCUUUGUCUUCUCCUCAGUCCUCAAAUCCUGCGCCGCCAUCUCCCGCCCUCAGCUGGGCGCCUCCAUCCAUGCCCAUGUCGUCAAAUCGUCUAUCGUGUCGAACCACUUCGUGGGCUGCUGUCUCGUCAACAUGUAUGGCAAAUGCGUUUCUGUCUCGGCCGCCCGCCACCUGUUCGACGAAAUUACCGAGAGAAAUGCUUUCGUGUGGAAUGCUAUGAUUUCGCUUUACUCGCACUCUAAUCGAGUUGAUGAUGCCUUGCAGUUAUUCGAGGUCAUGGAUGUUGCGCCUGAUGUUUCCACAUUCAAUUCUAUCAUCGCAGGGUUAUCGUUAUGUAGUGAAGGUUCUUCCAAUGCAAUUAGGUUCCAUUGGCGCAUGCGGCAACUGGGUUUGAAGCCGGACCUUAUGACAUUGCUCGCGCUAUUGCCUGCAUGCGUGGACAUGGCUGCUCUCAGUUUGAUUAAGGAAAUUCAAGGUUAUGGGAUAAGGAACCACAUUGAUCCUCACCAUCAGUUGAGAAGCGGCCUCAUGGAGGCUUACGGGCGAUGUGGGUGUCUCGGUUAUGCCCUUGCGGUUUUUGAUGGUACAAAGGAGAGAGAUGUGGUGGCAUGGAGCAGCUUAAUCUCGGCCUACGCAAUUAACGGGGAGGCAAGAACUGCACUGGAGAUUUUCGCGGAGAUGGAGCAGGCAAGUGUGCAACCUGAUGGUAUCGCUUUUCUUGGAGUACUCAAAGCUUGCAGCCACGCAGGGUUAGCGGACGAAGCAUUGGGUUACUUUGCUAGAAUGCAGAAACUUUAUGGGUUGGAAGCAAGUAGCGAUCACUAUUCAUGUUUAGUGGAUGUCUUAAGCAGAAGUGGGAGGUUACAUGACGCUUAUGAGAUUUUAAAGGACAUGCCAGUUAAGGUGACUGCAAAAGCAUGGGGAGCUCUUCUAGGGGCAUGCCGGACUUAUGGGGAAGUGGAGCUUGGAGAGAUUGCUGGGAAAGAGUUAUCUGAGGUAGAGCCUAGUAAUUGUGCUAAUUAUGUUCUGUUGGCCAGAAUCUACUCUAGCAUGGGGAUGUACGAGGAGGCCCAGAGAGUUAGAAGGGAAAUGAAGGAGAAGGGAGUGAAGGCUGAUUCUGGUAGUAGCUGGGUGGUGUAACACGAUUGAUGGCAUUAAUUUCCAGCCUUUGCCAAUAUGACAUUCACCUGAAGGAAGUAUAUGACCUAAGCAUGGAUUUGUGAUUGUAAGCAGUCUCUAUCUGGUUUGUAACUUGGGGGUUUGGAUGUCUUAUAGCUGGAUGUUAGCUUUCAUGAGGGAAAAGAAUCUCCUGAGCAAAAAGAAGGGAAAGGGAAGGAGGAAGAUACUCUGGUCUUAUGAUUGAGGGAAGGAGAAGCUGAGUCGGCGGCGGCAGGAGUAUCUCUUACACGCCCCCCUGGGGUGCUGUUUUGUCGACUUGGACAAGUGUUUAAAUGGCCGUGUCGCUAUGCCUUCCCUCAUCCUACCUUGACUGCCUACUUGGGAUAGGAAAAACUUGAGUCUUUAUCAAGAAAAGGGACAUUUUAUAUGGAUGUAGGUAUAGUUGUAUACAAAGUCAGUGGCAUGUCACCUGUUAAAGCACACUUGGUUCUGAUGUCCCUUCCAAGGGAUUGUGUACUUUUGGUGGGAAUUGUGGCUUGUCCUAAAUCGAGGAAGUUCCCUGACAGAUUCUUGGCUCCUACAUUUGUAACAUUCAUGUAUAAAAAAAGGAUGAAAUCCGCGGCUGCUGCAGUCAGCUCAUCUUCUUCUGAUUACACAAAUUGUGGAAAGUGUCUUGUUCUUGACUUUCAGUUGGAAUUGAACACCCCUAGAGAUGCACUCGCAACUGUAGGAUGGUGCUUUUGCCGUGCCCAACUAGAAAAGUGAGUUCUUUGUAAAUGGCUAAGAGCACCUCUACUGUAUACUUCUUAAGAUUCUGUCAAUUCAUGGGGUAUCAAGAUACUAUAUUUGGUGCCCAUGCGACGACAAAGUGUCCACUAGUAGAAGAUGUCCUGUCAUAUUGAGAUUCUCUCGGGAAUUGCGGGUGCGCUCCAGUAAAUUCUCGUGUUGUGUCGAGAAGAAUCGACGCUCUCCGACGAGACACCGAGAGCAGGCAGCUUCCUCCGGCCGGGGGAUGGCGAGAAAAUUGGACAAGAGAAAGCUGAGCCCGAUGAGGAAGCCCGGCCCGAAUCUAACAUGAGUUAGCCCGUAUCGAAAUGAUUGGGCUCCAGCUUUCCGCAAGGGGCCGAGUGAAACCGGGCAGAGCAGCAAAGCUGUUUGCUUUGCCUUUAUAAGCUCCGGUCUGCGCUACGUGGUUGCUCCCACUAGGGUUCUUUGGAAGCCUCACUCGCAGAAGAUCAACCAUGUCUCUCUCUACCCCAUCUAUCGCAUCUCAACGCGUAAAUUUGGCCUUUUUAUUUGGUUUUUUGUGGUGCCUCGCCACACCUUUAGCUUGUUUUCGAUGGGUACUACGCCAUGAAAAUGAGGCUAGUCAUGGAGGCACAUAGUAAUGGCGGUGUUAACGUGGGGGCAAUAUCUUUUUCCCUUGUUUUGCCUCUAAAAACAUCCGCUACAAUCAGUCUUUUUCGUUUUAUUGAAACAGUCGAUCAGACCUUAGUUGUUAGCUGGUUAGGUGUAGAUAACCCGAGAUCCCUGGUUGCACUUGGGAUCCUGCACCAUCCCAUGAAACUCCUGGAUCUAUCUGGACCUUCUGCUACGCAUUUUGUGCUGUUAUGGUGUCUUGUGUUUGAGGAGCCAGUGACUAGGAGACUCUUGUCAAGCUAGCUUGGUCUUUUGUUUGUUGUUGUAACGUUUGCUGUUCUUAGUUGCUUUGUGUUUUGGUGAUUGCUGCGUCUGUGGAGCCCAGACCAAGUCCUCGUUAGAUAGGAAAAGCCUACUUGGUCGAUAAUUUGAUUUGCAUCGCCAGUUUAGUCGAUGGGUUAAGAUUUGUGUUGAGACGACUGGAGCAUAUCUGCUGCUGACGUUUGUUUGAAUGUUCAACAUUAAAUCUUUGAGGCCAUCGAUUGAUCUCUCCUCCUCUUAUGAAAAAGUUUUUGUUUCAGUC